CAUCCCGCCUUUGAUUGUCUUCUGACGUUGUCGCUGUUGAUGUCCUCUCUUCACCACGGGUUCUUCUUCUAUCAGCUUUUAUUCUGUUGGACGAGAUUGACGGAGAAAUACUCUCGCUAAGUCGGUGAGGGUUUUCUCAGCUCUUCCUUCUCUAAAAGAUUGUUUCCUCUUCUGCAUCACGGUUUCCUUAUGUUCAAGAUCAGUCUUGGUGAGAUACUCUCAUUAUGCUUUUGCAAGGAUUUUUGAUCGUCAAAAGUUUAAUCCUUCUAAGCUUCAAAGUCUUCUUAACCAAAACUGGAAUCUUCAGGGGAAAGUUUCUGUGAUUCAGCACUUUGGGGAUCAGGUUUGAAGCAUUUUUGUGACUUCUCCACCAACUCAAGUAUUUGGACUUUAAGCAUUGAUGAAGUGGUUCUUUCAUCAUUUUGGGAUCGGCCAAAUGUCAACUUGCAUGAAGAUGAAGCUUUGUCAAUUGCUAAUUCCUCCACCUGUAGCCAAUGGUUUAACAAGACUCGCUUAAAAGUUAGAAGCAAGCAAUCUUUACAUCUGGGACCCCAAAAAUCAAUUUAAAACAUAGCCAUGCUUUAAUGCAAAAAAUCAGAGUAUGAGAAGUUAUGCAGAAAACAUGGGGGAAAAAAAAGAAAACAGGUAAGAGACAUAACCGCUAUUUCUAAAAUUCCACACAAGCCCACCGAGGACAAUAGCACAUUCGCUUCGGUCACCUCCUAUGGCAAAACCACCACAUUUUAUCUGCUGAAUAAAACCCUAACGCUCUCCUCCAAUCUGAUUUUUGAACGCCAAAUUCGAAUUAAAAUCCUGUAGUGCUCGCAGUGGAAAGAAAUAUUGUUCAUCGCAUUGAACAACCCAAAACAAACAGCAUCAGUAAAGCCUCCAAAUUUAAACCCAAUUCAGUCUAAACCCUCUAAAAUUUUAAUUUAAACUUUUUUAGGUGCCCAAUAGGCUUAAAUAGCCUUUCUAUCCCAGUCAUUAACCCCUAAUCAAUUCAAUUAAUUAAUCAAAUCCUCUAAUUAAUUAAUUCAAUUCCGGGAUGUUACACCACCUAUCACAUAAUCAUCCACGUGUCCUCUGCUCACGGUUCUAGGAGUCGCAAGCCAAAGUAUUCAAUCUCAUUAGAGUUGCAAUCAGAAGAUGAUCUUUUGGAUGGAUCUAACGGCCUUACAUCCUAUCAUCAGGAAGAUGUUAAGAUUAUCAACAACUGAUGCUCAUCUCUCUGAGUCUAAUUUCAACCAAGCGUCGUCAACGUUUGGUCCAAUUCUUAAACCUCUUCACUGCCAUAUAAUAUAUGUAUGCAGGUAUAAGCUGAGGAUUGCCUCAAGGAUUACAUCACAUGUCACUAUUGGCAUUACUAUUGGAAAUCAGUUAAGUUUAGCGGCAACGGAGAAUGGGUACUCUCGCACACUUCAUCAAGUGAGUUCUCUGACUUCGACGUCGCCAAUUAACUGGGAUUUUGGGAUCGUCGUUGUUGCUGAAGGGUCCGCCACUGUUACUAAUGACUCUAUGGUUUCCUUUGGUCCUCCUGUUCAUAAGCGCUGUUUUGCUAUGUUUUGUGAGCCGAAAACAGAGUCUCCUUUCUUAGCUGGGUUUAACGAGGUUACUUAUCUUGUGUUAGUGAGCUUUUACUAUUUCUCAUCUGCAUGUUCACAAAUAUUACAGGGUAGGUCAUGGGGUUCUGGUUCAGGGUCUCCUUUGUUUUCAGUUGGGUGUUAGUUUUCUAUUUGGUUUAGUUUUGUUUUUCUUUAUAUUUUUGUUCGCAAGACUUUUAUCAUGGGCUUUCAGUUUCUGUUCUGACCCAUUUUGUUUAUAAUCAUUUGAUAUUUUAAUAUAUUGACUUUAAUUAAUGAAAAUAAAUCCUUAAUCAAAAGCAAUUACAAGGUAGUCAAGUCAAGUGUGUAGACAAUCUCCUUUUAUUAUUCACCAUCUUAAUGCGGUAAGGUGAAGAUUGAUUAAAAAUAAUAUGACAUAUAAAAUCAUUCUAAAUCUAAGUGGUUAAUAGAUGAACACAAGUGUUAGUCUUCCAAUUUCAAUGAGUGUUCCAAUGUCAAUAGAAAUAAAUUCGUUGAUAAUUUUUUUAAACGGAGCGCUACGAUGCGGAUGGCAACGGACGGCGACUUACCAUUUCUUCCCCAAGAAAUUACCAGAAACAUCCUCAAACGAGUUCCGGUGAGAUCCCUAAUCCGAUUUCAAUGCGUGUGCAAAGAUUGGAAAAAUCUCAUCAGGACCCCAUCUUUCAUCGAAGAACACCUCCAACACUCCAAUCAUCACAACCCUUCUCUUCUGUUCCAACUGAAUGCCAUAGGUGAUCCUUUGCUUUUAUAUUCGCUCGAUCGUGACAUGCAAGUCCUUGAAAUUCAGAACCAUCCUUUGACCCAUUCCAUGUUGAGUGAUAGGAUCGUUGGUUCCAGCAACGGCUUGCUCUGUCUUCAACGUUCGGGUAGCGAAUUUCUUUUGCUUUUAUUGUGGAAUCCAGCGAUUAGAGAGAUCAGACAGGUGCCUAGCGAUGUUUAUGAUUUCAAGGGUAAUAUCCGUAUAGGAUUUGGGUACAGUCCAAUUGUUAGUGAUUACAAAAUAUUGACAGCUUAUGCUCCUCAUCUUCGUGACAUUAAUCGAGUGGAUGUCUAUUCAUUAAGCUCAGGACAAUGGAGAGAAGUAGAAUCUGGGAACUUAGAGGGUAUAAAUCUUUAUUCUGAAACUGUCACUGCCAAUGGAGCUAUGUUUUGGAUUGCGUCACAAAGAGGGGCUGAAGAUGAUAUUGAAUUGAUAGUUUCAUUUGACAUAGCAAUGGAAGUGUUUACAUUGAUACCAAUGCCUGCUCUUGACUCUGCUCUAUAUUAUAAUCUUGCUGUGUAUGAGAACAAUCUUGCUUUGCUUUCUUACACCAAGACUAGAAACUCUCAAUCUUACUUGAUUGAUUUGUGGGUGAUGGAUGAUGGUAUUGGUGCCCCUCAAGAGAGAUGGAGUUGGAAUAAGAAAUAUUCUAUAACCACCUUUUCAAGCUUGUUGAAUCCAUCAUGUAUUUGGAGGAAUGACACUGUAUGCUUUGUUGAUCAAGUGCAUGGAAGUGAAUGGGGAAUGAGAAAUGUUCUGUCUCUUUUGAAUCUUGAAACUAACAAAGUGAGGUUGAUUACUACCCGCAGAUUUGGUGAUAGAUUUCCAGUUAUUUUCAACCAUGCAGAAAGCCUUGUACCAAUUGGUGGCAUCCACAUUGAAGAACCUUGAGCCUAGAUAUUAAAUUGUAAUUGUGCAGAUUUUCUUAGUUUUAAGAACUUCGGAAACUAAACGCAUGACUAUUUAGAUAAUUUUGUAAUCAUAAUCCUUGCGCUUUAGAGAUGUUAUCUGGAAUGAUGAAUAUAGAUAUUUUGUUACAGAUGUU